CCCGGGCGCGCGGGAGCGGGAGAGGCCCGCGGAGCCGGAGCGCACCAUGGAGGCGACGGCGGGAGGCCGCGGCGGCUUCCAGCCGCACCCGGGACUGCAGAAGACGCUGGAGCAGUUCCACCUGAGCUCCAUGAGCUCGCUGGGCGGCCCGGCCGCCUUCUCGGCGCGCUGGGCGCAGGAGGCCUACAAGAAAGAGAGCGCCAAGGAGGCGGGCGCGGCCGCUGUGCCGGCGCCUGUGCCCGCGGCCACCGAGCCGCCGCCUGUGCUCACGCACCUGCCCGCUCUGCAGCCGCCACCGCCCGUGUUGCCCGGGCCCUUCUUCAUGCCGUCCGACCGCUCCACCGAGCGCUGUGAGACCGUGUUGGAGGGCGAGACCAUCUCGUGCUUCGUGGUGGGCGGCGAGAAGCGCCUGUGCCUGCCGCAGAUCCUGAACUCGGUGCUGCGCGACUUCUCCCUGCAGCAGAUCAACUCGGUGUGCGACGAGCUGCACAUCUACUGCUCGCGUUGCACGGCCGACCAGCUGGAGAUCCUCAAAGUCAUGGGCAUCCUGCCCUUCUCGGCGCCCUCGUGCGGGCUCAUCACCAAGACGGACGCGGAGCGCCUGUGCAACGCGCUGCUGUACGGCGGCGCCUACCCGCCGCCCUGCAAGAAGGAGCUGGCCGCCAGCCUGGCGCUGGGCCUGGAGCUCAGCGAGCGCAGCGUGCGCGUGUACCACGAGUGCUUCGGCAAGUGCAAGGGGCUGCUGGUGCCCGAGCUCUACAGCAGCCCGAGCGCCGCCUGCAUCCAGUGCCUCGACUGCCGCCUCAUGUACCCGCCGCACAAGUUCGUGGUGCACUCGCACAAGGCCCUUGAGAACCGGACCUGCCACUGGGGCUUCGACUCGGCCAACUGGCGGGCCUACAUCCUGCUGAGCCAGGACUACACGGGCAAGGAGGAGCAGGCGCGCCUCGGCCGCUGCCUGGACGACGUGAAGGAGAAGUUCGACUACGGCAACAAGUACAAGCGGCGGGUGCCCCGGGUCUCCUCCGAGCCGCCAGUCUCCAUAAGAAAAACAGAUGAUGCUCCCUCCCAGCACCCUGCGUCUUCAGAAAAAGACAAACAGUCCGGCUGGCUGCGGACCCUGGCCCCCUCCUCCAGCAAGAGCCUCGGCUGUGUUCACCCUCGCCAGCGCCUCUCCGCCUUCCGACCCUGGUCCCCUGCAGUUUCUACGAGUGACAAAGAACUCUCCCCACACCUCCCAGCCCUGAUUCGAGACAGCUUUUACUCGUACAAGAGCUUCGAGACGGGUGUGGCCCCCAAUGUGGCCCUGGCCCCGCCGGCCCAGCAGAAGGUCGUGAGCAGCCCACCGUGUGCCACCAUUGUCACCCGGGGUCCCGAGCCCCUCGCCACCUGCAUCCAGCCCAGGAAGCGGAAGCUGACGGUGGACCCGCCCGGGGCCUCAGAAACACCAGUGCCCUCAGUUGCCCCAGAGGACGACAAGGACUCAGAGGCCGAGGUGGAAGUGGAGAGCAGGGAGGAAUUCACCUCCUCCUUGUCCUCGCUGUCCUCUCCGUCCUUUACCUCAUCCAGCUCUGCCAAGGACCUGAGCUCCCCGGGUGUGCACGCCCCGCCCGCCCCGCCGGCCGUCCCGGACGCUGCAGCCCCCGCGGAAGCCCCCAGCGGUGGGCUGGAGGCCGAGUUGGAGCACCUGCGGCAGGCGCUGGAGGGCGGCCUGGACACCAAGGAGGCCAAAGAGAAGUUCCUGCAUGAGGUGGUGAAGAUGCGCGUGAAGCAGGAGGAGAAGCUGAGCGCCGCCCUGCAGGCCAAACGCAGCCUCCACCAGGAGCUGGAGUUCCUGCGCGUGGCCAAGAAGGAGAAGCUGCGGGAAGCCACGGAGGCGAAGCGGAACCUGCGGAAGGAGAUCGAACGCCUCCGCGCGGAGAAUGAGAAGAAGAUGAAAGAGGCCAACGAGGCCCGGCUGCGCCUUAAGCGGGAGCUGGAGCAGGCGCGGCAGGUCCGGGUGUGCGACAAGGGCUGUGAGGCCGGCCGCCUGCGCGCCAAGUACUCAGCCCAGAUCGAGGACCUGCAGGUGAAGCUGCAACACGCGGAGGCUGACCGCGAGCAGCUCCGGGCCGACCUUCUGCGUGAGCGUGAGGCCCGUGAACAUCUGGAGAAGGUGGUGAAGGAGCUGCAGGAGCAGCUGUGGCCGCGGCCCCGCCCGGAGGCUGCGGGCAGCGAAAGCGUGGCUGAGCUGGAGCCCUAGCCGGACCCACUGCCUGCUGCCCCGGUGCGGACGCCACGGGGAGAGGGUGACGGCGCCAUGCCAGCCGCCAGCCGGAGGCUCUGCGUGCAUCGUGGGGCCUGCCCUCUUUCCAGUCCAUAUAGCACAACGUCUUACUGUGCCUACAACCAAGCGAGUGUUUGGAACCACAUACUUUUGGAAUCCACUGCAAAAUUUUCUACUGGCCAAGUUCAAGUGCGCAAGCGGGGUCCCCAGCUGCAGCCAGAAACAAGGCCAGCUCGGUGGCUGCGUCUGGCCUCUGCUUGCUGGAACAGUAAUAUUACACUUUUGUUAUAAGCUAUUUAAAACCAAUAAGGAGACUUGAUAUUCAGAAAAAGUCAACACGUUUUUUAAUGACUAACUUUUAAAAGCCCCACCAACACGUGACGCCAUCCGAGGACCCACUAAGGGAGCUGGGGUGGCAGCUGCCCGGUCCCCUGAAGCCAUCACAGCUCAUCUGCGCCCACGGCUGCAUGAGGACAGGAAGGGUUUUUCUCCAGAGUCUAUUUUUUCAGCGACGAGGACCCAGGUCUCCUGUGCUGCCGCCGGGAAGAGCGAGGAAAGCGCCGUGCGCACGGUGAGCCGGAACACUGCCGCCUUACACCCGCCUGCCGCGCCCGUCCUGUCGCCAUCAGCAGGUGUGUUCAGAAAUGCUGCGCCUGCGCCUAGGGGCACCGUCUGUCGGGGAGGUGACAGAAGAUGGUCCGCGCCCUUUGACCACCCACAGCGACCCCUUAGCUGAGCAAACAUCGCUCUUUCAUCUUGGGACUGAGGCUGCAGCAUUGGAACAAAACAGCAUUAUUUCACUUUUUCUUUUUGUUUGUUUGUUCAUUUAAACGUAUAUUUAGAACUGCACUUUGUCAAAAUUUUUCCCUUUUUAUUCCCCAGUUAACUGAGGUUUUUACUCUUCAAAUAUUGCAAACCGAUCUCUAGAGCAGGUCACACAUCCUCAGUGCUCGAGUGUUUGGAAACCCCUCUGGUGCUUGGUUGAACAAGGGAAAACGAAAAUGCAAAAACUGAACUUCGGGGGGUAGUUCUGUGCCUUCCAGCAUCUUGUACAGCAAACCCUGACUCGUCUUUUUACCCCCAAAUACCCGUCUUCAGUAGCGAUUGAAUCUGCCACUAUCAAAAAAAGUUACUUGCAUUUAUUCCAAAUAAUCUCGUUUACUCGCGACUGUUUAUGCAAAUUGUAUAAGGUUUCUUAUGCCCAAGCUUGAAAAUUAUUUCCCAGUAGACAAGAGGCACUACCCACCCUGAAGCGGCGGUAUUUAUUUACAUUAAGAUCCUACGGGAAUUCUUCGCCUGAGUCCGUUUUAACACCGCGCAGCCGCACGCACACGGAGGCGGAGCCGGCCGGGGCAGCCGCAGACGGCCGCGGGAGACGUGGGUGCGAUAUCCUCUGCAGGGUUUUGCCUUGGUUUACUGGGGGGGGGCCAGGGGCUGCUGGACCCCCUUCUAAAGUGCAAUGCAAAAGGGACAUCAUGUAUAUGCAGCGUUUGUUUGGGUUUUUGUGUUUUUUUGCUUUUGUUUUUCUUUUUGCAGUUAUUCAAUCUGUAUGCAUGGAUGGAGUUUUUAACCUGCCGUACGUAUAUCCACCGAUGGGCAUUAUUACCGCGUCGUGUAAGGGUCGGUUGUGUCACGCAGCACUCAGAAUGCUGUGCUCAGCCUUCUUUUUCCAGAGUUGUGUUUUUUUCAGUCAUUUCUUUAAGGGAAACUAAAUGGUGUAGUUGGAGCAAAGCUUUAAGUGUGUCGGUGUGCUUCUGUGUGGCUGUGCUCUGCCAAGUCUGAAAGUCGCAGUGAGACCGAGGCCCUGGGACGUGUCCCCCAGGCCGCCCAGGUUACCCUGGUUGCUCCUGAGUUGCCAGGCUCCAGAGGGAGAUGAACGUUUCUAAGGUGUGUGUGAGGGCACCGUCUCUUCUUGCCCUUGCACUGUUCCCUCCGGUCACCUGCGUGUCUCUGCCAUCGAUCAGGUCCAUGCCUCCACGAGGUGACUUUGUCCCCAAAUGUCGGGAAGACCUGGAUAUGCAGUGGCAGCUGGUCCCCAAGAGCUUGGAGGACCUGGACCCUGGGAAGGCCUUGUCCCACUCAGGCCUGCCCUUCCUGAGGCCCUUGGAGCCAGCGGGGUGGGAAUCAGCCAAGGUGUGUGCCCUUCACCAGCAGCUGGGCCUUUCUGGGCAGCUCCCCGGGUGAGGGGGCGAGGAGGGGGGCUGGCCACUUCCAUCCUCAGGGUGCAGCUCCACUCUGCAGGCCCAGGCUGGCCCCAAGCCCGAGACCUGCAUCCUGUGGGUGCAGCUGCAGCUCAGAUCUUUCCAGAACGGAGGAGAGGGGUCCAUCCUGUAGGCUGUCAACUCCCUGUGUGUGACACCCACUACCGAAAUGAUUGUGUGUUCAGUUUAAUUACUCAUUAUUUCUAUGCUGAAAGAAGACUUAAUGAAGGGAAAAAACAGCAAUAACAUAUCAGGAGCAGCUAACUCAUACACAUAAUACUCUGCUUUUCGUACGGAACUUGCUGGUGUACAAGCGUUGCCCUGUAAAUACUCCCUCACACUCUGUGUCACGUGUGUGUGGUGGCUCCCCCUCCAGAGACCCUUUCUCACCUGGCAGUUGUCUUGUGUUCUGGGUUGUUUGUCACUGAGCAAGAACACGCUGCCGGCCUCCGCGUGAGCCUCCCACUCUUCCCGCCGCACCCCCUACCACCGCCACCACCAGGCCGGACGGGGUGGGGAAGUGGCGUGUUUUUGCUCAGAGCCAGGAGUCACAAACGACAUUUUUUUUCAGUUAAGGAAAAAAACACAGCUCUACCUUGUAUCCGCCAGGAGCGUCUGCAUCGCGGCCCGUUCUCUCCUUCGCUGCUGCUAAUGACAAUAUGAUGACUUACUCUACUAUUGGAGAACUAUUUUUAUGUAAUUAAUGUAUGCUCUCCUGUUUAUAAAUGCCUGAUUUAAAAAGAAAAAGAGAAAAAGCUUGGCAUAUUUAUCUACUUCGCUCUGUACCUGUUAGUCCUUUGGCACCCACCCCCAAACAGAGGACCUUGUACAAUAAAGGACUUUGAGAGUA